GAUUCCGUGUGCUUCUCCCGAGGGAGAAGAAUAAGCCGGGAAGCACGGCGCGGUUUCGCUUUCUCUUUCAACCGUACUUGGGGCGACUUCGGAAAUGAUCUCGUUCUUUCCUUGCGUGCCGAGUGUGGCAACGGGAUGGUGAGCCUUGGGGAGGCAUUCUGCACAUGACUAGAACUGAAUCUGGCACACAGUUUUCCUCAUAGAAUGAAAGAGAUCACCUGCGCAUAGUUUUUGAACACUUGGGGACCGAAGAGAUGAAUGAAAGGCGUUUAUCAACUAGCUCCCUUCUUUCCUAUGAUUCACCCUCUGUCAUAAGCAGUAUAGGAGUACAGACCAAUAUCUCCAAGGGUUCAUCAUGUAAAGCUAUCAAAAUAGUCUUGGCAGUCAUAUCUGCUUGCCUGAACGUUGGGCUCAUUACCUGGGUGAUUGUGUUGCAAAGAAAAGACUUUAUCCCCCUUGGUCCAGCAUGCCCAGAUUCCUGGAUCGGAUAUCAGGGAAAGUGCUACUAUUUUUCAGAGGAAAAACGGAAUUGGACCUCCAGCCAGAAUUUUUGCAUGUCAUAUAAUUCCUCCCUGCUUACUAUUAGUUGUAAGAAGGAAAAGGCUUUUGUGAUGCGUUUCAAUGGCAAAAACACUGCCUGGAUUGGCCUCAGGAGGGAGCAAGGUCAGCCAUGGAAAUGGACAAAUGGAGACAAUUCAACGUUGCAAGUGAUUGGAAAUGGAGGAGAUUGUACUUUUCUGAAUGAUGAAGCCACCAUCACAUCCUCAAGUUGCCAGACAAAACUGCUCUGGAUCUGCAACAAAUCAGAUACUGUUAAAAGUUAAAAUGGAAUGUUUGAGAACUGCAAGUGUGUCCUUGCAGGCAGCGGCAACAGGCAGCACACAGCAAACUGCAAAAUAACUUCUUUACACAUUACUGCUUAUAUCAGAACCACAUGUGGCUUGUGAACCUCGGCUUGGCCACUCCGGUCUAUAAGCAGCACGGGAAGAUCGUCACAUCCUCUUUUGCAUACCCUCAAAUUCUGAAAGUUAUUCUUGCACAAACACUUGUUACAUGGAGAUAUUUCUAUGAUUUAAUCACCUUUUUUGUGAGGGUUUCUUUUAUUAAACAGCCAUAAGAAAAAAAGGCAUACGAAUUAAAAAGUGUGAAUGUCUUUGA